AUGUUGUUUUCCCACAAAAGAGGUAUCAAAGAAGAACACCUGCCUCAAACAUUAAGAGACGCAGUACAUGCCUGCCGAGCGCUUUCAAUAAGAUAUCUAUGGCUAGACUCUCUCUGCAUUGUUCAGGACGAUAUAGAAGACUGGGAGAAGGAAAGCGCCUCGAUGGGUCUCAUAUACAACAACGCACUUCUCACGAUUAUAGCUGCGUCUUCGAAUUCAUGCCACGACGGCUUUCUACAAAGAGAACGCAAGGACAUACAAGUAUCCUUCUCAUCUCGGAUGGCUCCAACCCUGGGCGGCCAUUUCAACCUCGUGUUCUCUGGCAAGACUUAUGCUCCGCACACACUCGACAUCUGGUGGCCAACAAGGGACAUCAACGAUGCGAAGUGGGUCAAACGCGGAUGGACACUGCAAGAGGAGAUGAUGUCCAACCGACGUCUUAUUUUCGGACAGUUCAUGGUUCACUUCCAAUGCGAAGCUGGAACCAAAUCCGAGAACGGAUAUUCCAGUGACAAAACAAUCGGCAGUGGCUUGUCCAUGCAAAGUCUCGUGAGAGGCAGCGCUGACAGUAACGAACCAAUCAUGUUCAGGGUAUGGCACUGGAUGUUAGUAAACUACACCGAGAGAUCUUUCACCAUACCACAAGACGUUUUACCAGGCAUAUCCGGUAUCGCGGGGCUCUUUGCAAAUCAUCACGGCCUUCCUCAAGAAUCCUACCUCGCGGGAAUUUGGAGAGAGGAUUUCGAGUAUUCUCUGAUAUGGUGGAAAGACUCCGAGUUUGGAACAGAAGACUUUGCGAAUGUUCAAGAACUCGCACUGGCUCUUUGCAAUCCGUCACCCUAUUUAGCACCGUCCUGGAGCCCACUAGGGCAACGACUAGUCACCAGUUUGACGUUGAUGGGGAUCUUCAGCAGCGACUUCCUACCAGAGUGUCUCAUCGUUGACGCUUCCACAACCACCAAAGGAGCGGAUCCAUUUGGUCAAGUGAAAUGUGGGAGUUUUACUGCAAAGGCAAAAUUUGGCCCUGUUCCUUCAGAACUUGUACUGGGUCAUUGCAGUGGAUUUGAUACAACGAACUGGCAAUUGAGACAGUACGGAAGAGUUCUAGCUUAUUGCUUCAUUGGAAUGCUGAAGAGGACGACACAUAAGCCAGAUGGUUUGUUCAUGCUGAUGAUUGGAAGCUCGAAUGCGCAGAAAGACUGGAUGCAUAAGGUGCGGAAUGUCUUGGAUUAUGCGGAAGAUGACUGCUCAAUUUGCAACUUUAACACCGACGAAAAGUUCGAGACCGAGGCGUGGAAAAAUGAUGCGAUGGCUUGCGCUGACGGCGGUUCUGGGCACGAUGAUGCGAAAUCGUUGACUUCAGGGAAGAACGAGAAAGAUUAUUGGGGCAUUCUGCUACAUCCAUCUCACAUACCAGGGCAGUACAUUCGGGUGGGCGCCUGGCUAUCUUCGGCGUACGAUAGAGGAAACUCGAACCUUUUCAAAGAGAUGGAGACUCGUGAAAUUGUGGUAAUAUGA